AUGUCGACUGAAUAUGUAGAAACAUCACAUGAUAAGUCUGAAGACAGAUUGGAUGGGCAAGAGACUUGCUGUAACCAUUUGGAUGAUCUUUCUGAACAGCUGCUCAAAAGUUGUGAACUCAAGAGGAUACCAAGAAAAGUGAAGACUCAUCAAAUCUCUCAGAAAAAUGAUCUGGAACAGAGAAAACCAAAGAGAAAAGACACACCAGCAAUAAAUACUCCUCCACCAAUAGCAGGUAUUCUUUCAGACCAUUUAUUUAUGAGAUAUGACCUCUCUGAGAAAUCACCAAAAAAUAAUGUUAAAAAACCAGAGCAAGAUCAGAAAAAAACCAGAAGAAAAAAUACUCCUGCCAUAAACCCACCUCCUCUACUUGCAGGUAUUAAGCUACUUAAAGAAGAUGAAGAAUCUGUAAUUGCUGAAGAUGAAGAAAAGGAGGCAGAAAUAUCACCAUUUUAG